GGCGUCAUUGAAUGGGCGCGUCUUCAAGCCAGUUAGCGGUGGGCUGCAUUUCUGUUGGAUGGGGCUCAGAGCAGCAACAUACGAGCCCGGACUCACAAUGACGGUCCCCGGCCUCGGAGCGCUAACCUGGGCCGCUAUUUUUGUCAUCCACCAGGUGGCAGCAGAGCACGGCAUGGCUCAUUUCAGCGAUGAAAGCAAAGGGAAGGACUACUGCAUCUUCUUUAACUCACAGUGGGCACGUCUGCCUCAGGAUCUCAACAAGGCGUCGCGUCUCCAGAUCUACGACCUCACCUCGUCGGUCCUGUGCUCACCCACCGACGUCCCUGAGGGGGGCUUCCCCAACCGCAUCGCCAUGGUGAUGAGGGGUAACUGCACUUUCUACGAGAAGGUCCGCCUGGCACAGAUGAGCGGGGCCAAGGGUCUGCUCAUCGUCAGCAAGGACAGACUGACGCCGCCAGCGGGAAACAAGACUCAGUACGAGGAAAUUGACAUCCCCGUCGCGUUGCUCAGCUACUCUGACAUGCUGGAGAUAAGCAAGAUGUUUGCCAAGGGCAGACAGGUGGCCAUGUAUGCCCCCAAAGAGCCGGUGCUGGACUACAACAUGGUUAUCAUCUUCCUCAUGGCUGUGGGAACUGUCGCAGUCGGUGGCCAUUGGGCUGGUAGCAAGGACCGCAAGAAGCGCUACAUGAAGCACAAGCGUGACGAUGGGGCGGACAAGCAGGACGAGGAGACUCUGGAUGUGACGCCCAUCAUGAUCUGCGUGUUUGUGGUCAUGUGCUGCAGCAUGCUGGUGUUGCUCUACUUCUUCUACGACAGCCUGGCAAUUUGGGUGAUAGGCAUCUUCUGCCUGGCAUCAUCCGUGGGCCUCUACAGCUGCUUGUGGCCUUUUGUGCGCCGCAUUCCUUUCUGCAAGUGCAGAGUUCCAGAGAACAACCUUCCCUACUUGCACAAGCGUCCUCAAGUACGCGCCCUGCUGCUGUCAACACUGUGCGUGGGCAUCAGCAUCACCUGGAUGGUGUUUCGCAACGAGGACCAGUGGGCGUGGGUGCUGCAGGACACCCUGGGCAUCGCCUUCUGUCUCUACAUGCUCAAAACUGUCAGACUGCCCACAUUUAAGGCUUGCACUUUACUACUGACAGUGCUCUUCGUCUACGACGUCUUUUUUGUAUUCAUCACGCCCUUCUUCACCAAGAGCGGUGAGAGUAUCAUGGUGGAGGUGGCGGCAGGCCCCUCUGACUCAGCCACGCACGAAAAGCUUCCGAUGGUGCUCAAGGUGCCGCGCUUGAACUCCUCACCCCUCGCCCUGUGCGAUCGGCCCUUCUCCCUGCUGGGCUUUGGCGACAUCCUGGUGCCAGGACUGCUGGUGGUGUACUGUCACCGCUUCGACAUUUUGAUGCAGUCUUCCAGGAUCUACUUUGUGGCCUGUACAAUCGCGUACGGCGUGGGGCUGCUGAUCACCUUCGUGGCGCUGGCCAUGAUGCAGAUGGGCCAGCCAGCCUUGCUCUACUUGGUGCCUUGCACUCUGCUCACCAGCCUGGCGGUGGCGCUAUGGCGCAGAGAGCUGCCUCAGUUCUGGACCGGCAGCGGAUUUGUGCCUGCCAUAGUUCUCGCGCCCAUCAAGUGUACACAAACAGCGGGGACGCAACCCAAAGUGCCGCCAGGCGCUGACUCAGCCAAUCAGAGCCAAGACCCCGGUCCGCCUCAGGACGUGCCCCUCGCCGAAAACGAGGAAAAGCUCAACUAAAAGUUUAUUUUCCACAGCGUGUUGCACGACAUGGACAUUAAAAGAGGCGCCGCAAGUGGUUUAUACCUCACUUUGAAAGGGAAUGAUGGAUAGAACGAGGGAAUAUGUUCCUAUCCAGGCCCAAAUGUUUGCUCACGACAGCAUUAGUUCACAUGCAUCGUUGCUGUCCAACAAAAAGCAUGGAUCUCCAAAAUUGAAACACGAAGAAAACCAAACUGGAUGUUUUAACAUCAAAUCAAAUGAGGAAACGUGCAGAUGCAUGCUUUUGGUUGAUCAGCUGUGAUGACAGUCAUGCGUCUCGUGACACAAGCACGAGUUGGUGCGAUCGCUGAACCUUUUUUUUUUUAAAUUACCUUUUCUUUAUGCUAUAUCUAUUUUGGGUUUUGUUUUGCAUGCUAUAAUGUGGAUUUCCUACCUAGUAUUACAACUAAAAGCUGUAGUGAAGACUGUAUAUUAGUGGAGCAAACCUUUGAAUAAAAGAAUACUUUGGAUGCCCACAGGAGCCAAAAUUCAAGUUAGGAGAGUCAAGUUAGUUGCUAUGAAACAUUUGCACAUCUCAUAUGUAAUUUUUUUCCCCUGUGUUUUUAAUGUACAUAAUCUGUCUUGUAUAUAUGAUGUGCUCUCCUAUGCUGUAUAGGUUUUAAGACCAAUGUACUCCUUUUAGUUGUGUUCAGUGUCUCGAUUGAAGACAACAGAAUGAAAUAUUGACUUUUGCCGUUGAGUAAAUAAACACUGAACACCUUUUGCGGAAA